AUGGUGUCGACAGAAAACAGAGGGAUUGAUCUGCCAGCUCGGUUCACGUCCAUUACAUACGGGCUGUGGAUGAACAAACUUGCCAUGUCCACGCUGCCGACAUCCAUCGACGCCUUGGACCAGCUCGGGCGACGGACCUGCCCCGGGCCGUUUCCGACGGGACUCUACGCCACAUCGGCCACUGAGAACACAGCCCUGGCGCAUGCGCACUCGGUAUCUCUGGCGGACUUCACGAGGCAAAGCAUGCAGGGAAGUUGUGGGUUAAAGGAUGUCAUGUCAGCCACCUCAUCCGGUAACCUUCACCAGCAUCGAUUAGAUGGCAAGCGAAUGUCCCUGCAAGAUGGCACUACAGCAUCAGUCAGUAACUUCAUGGUCGCAUCGCCCCCAUCGUUAACGGCCUACCCGCACCACGCGGCGUCAGCCUACGUACCGGCCUACGGCACUACGGCCAUGCCGAGCGGUCUAUCCCAUCCGAUCUGGCCGCCAAACGGAGCCAUGAACUGCGCUGGGGAUGCUGCCACGGGACUGGAGAGCAGCAAUGUGCUACGGCCAUCACCGCUGGCUUACAAGUCCGUCUUGUCGGGUACUUCAUGCAAUUCCAGUACUGUUUCUGAUUCGGUGAAACAUCCAAGCUCUCCAGUUGGAGCGAUGAGGAUUGUACAAACAUGAACUAUGUAAUGACCGGGGGUGCAACUCACAAGAAAACUCGAGUAUUAGCGACGGUUAUUUAAUGUAAUACAGAGUGGGUAUGUUUACCUACCGAGACAGACGCUUUGGAGUUGACGCACGGCAGACCGAGUUAGCGCCCUCUAGUGGUGCAUGUGAAUCUUUCCGCGUAGGCAUCCAGCACAGCGCCACAGUGGAUGGAAUGACAACUGGAAACCACAUGAAAAAGAAUGGCAGACAUUAACUGAAAGAAACACCACUGGAAAAGGAACAGCAAACAUUACUUGACCUCAAUAUGUAUUACAGCUUCUCACGAUGUGCUCAUCUUGUGACGUCAUGUUAAAAAUACAAACUGAAAACCAGAGAUGGUUGUUGUACAAAAUUAUUGCCAUUUUAACUGGAUUUUUUUUCUCUCGAAUAUUUUGGUGAUUGUUGUCAAGUAGGACAUGUAAACAGACUGCACGGUUAGAGGAAAAAAGUAAAUGUGUAAAUGCAGUCUACAGUGAAUGUAAAAAAAACUAUGAGCUUUGUUGUGGCGGUCCAUCAACAGAAAUGUAUUCUUACUUGACAACAGUUUUAAUUCUCGUCACUGCAUUAUUGAACCUUAACUGAUUUGUGCUAUCGACCCAAACCACCUUCCAUCAGGGGCGUGUUGCCACCUACUCCUGGGGCUUAAACAGGGAUAUCCACUCACAGUCCGUAAGAACGUAGGCACCCACUAGGAGCCUGACUGGUAGAGCAGAAUGCAAUACAUUCCUAACUUGUGGCUAGCUCAAGGCCAAAAGUGACAUGACCGGGAUUCGAACCCACACUCUGCUGCUGACAGCACAAAAACAAGAGCUAAGAUAUUUAUCAUCCCUUUCACAUAUUUACCCCCAAAAACUAAAUAGUAACGUAUGUUUUUGUAGUCAUAUAAUAAAGGGGUCGUUCUCACGAAACCAACACAAAAAGUUGUGUGAUGCGUUUUUAAGUAGACGCAUGUAACUAUUUUCUUGAAUAUUAACUGAGUCAAGGGUUAAAUUGAAAUUUGACUUGAUCGGUGUUAAAAGCUUUAUUUUAUUUUAUUAUAAACAAAGAUUGUGUCCGGAAUUCAUCAAUCGUUUCUGCCAUAAAGACCCGUUGGGCAAAUCCGAUGGACAGAUUAUCUUCAGAAAUGUAACAUUAAUUUUUUGCUAGUUUGUCAAAACUUUAAAUGUUUUCUCGUUGUUCUUGUUGUUUUUUAAAUCGAAUCUAAAUUAGUCGAAUACCCGAAUCAUACCCGUAUAUCAAUAUCAGUCAAUAUGCAAUAUCUGAAAGAAUUACGAAUAGUAUUGAAAUAAGGGGUGAUUAUUAAUUAUUGUUAAAUUUUCUUUUAGGAAUGACAUUUCAGAAAAUACUUGAAAGAAUCAAAAUCGACGGCAUGCAUGGCGCCCUCUCUUGAGGAAUAUGUAAAUAACUGUGUUGAAUAUUCAUGAGUAUAAAAAGUUACGUUUCAACCAAUGCGAAACCACGGCGAUAUUCAGUAUUCAACCUAAAGAAUGUAUAACUUAUGCUAAUUGAAAUAACAUAAUGUAUAGUAAUUAACGAACGAGACAAAGGGAUGGUUUCCUUUUUGAAACUUUAUGUUGUUGGAUCAGCUAUUUUUUUCUUCGAAACCAGAUUUGGAAACAGGCAUUUCUCAAUUAAGAUUGACAAGAGAUGACACGCAGGGUCAAAAUGGUUUACUGCCGACGAAGGAGAAGAAGAUUUUCUCUGCUUAGCAAAGAUGAGCACAUAACUUAUUUCACACUGUUUCUCAUGACUGCCAAACUGCUAAGCAAGUUUGUGUCCUUGCUUGGAGGUUGUUUUGCUCAGCCAUAAACGUGUUAUGCAAACGUGUAUCAGGAGAAUAUAGUGGGGAAAAACCUUGUACAAUUUUCAGCAUGUGAGCACAUUAUCCUAAACGUUUGGAUGGGAGAACGGAAACAAACUGCUUCGAAUUGUAUAGGUUUUCAGAUAAUACAGCUUUCUCGAAUAUGACUUCAUUUCAGAGGAAAAUAUUUCACAGGAAAAUGUUCUAGUUUGAACUUCAUUACCAGUAAGCUUUUAGAUUAAAACUAGACAUUGAUGGUUUUGUAUACUUCCCAAUCCUGUUUACUUAAAAAAAUAUAUAUAUAGAUCAAAGUAAUAAACCAUACCCAGUUUUCCACUCAGUAAUGUGUUAUCUUUUUCUCUGGAAAACCAGCCUUUUUUGUUUUAAUGAAGGGAUUAAGUAUUCAGUUAAAUUCUACAAUUUGUAUAUUUGGGUGAUUGAAUCAAAGAAGUGAUUGAACUGAAAUAUCUUUGUUUAUUUCUUCGCGAUGUGAUGAUAGAUUUGCGUUUACAUUGUCCUCUGUGUUUAGAACUUCUACGGUUAUUGUUGAAUGGUAGUCGACUUAAUAAUUGCAAGAAAGAGUAAUAAUUAUAAAAACAGCUUUUUUAAAGGACAAUGUUUUUUCCAUUGAAUUUGUAUAUUGUAAAACGGAAAUUUGAAUUUCGGGGUAUUUCAUUGUUUCUCUAUAGAUUAAUCCGUUUUACUUAGAGUGUAACUAAACAAGUUUCCAUCAGCAAAAACAGGUAAAUAUCAUUUAGAAAACAUCAAAAAUAUUAAUGUUUUGAAUGUACACGUAGAUAUAAACCAUCAAAUUGGUUUGAAACAUUGAUUUUUAAAUUUAAUUUGUUUUCGACAAUCAACUGCAGUUUGGUGUGACAACCUCAAUAAAUAUCGGAUCGUACACCGACACAUCAUUGUACAUGUCGUACACCAGACCCAAGUUGGGAUGCCGGUUAUUAAGUAAUGUAUAGUCUCUGACGGGAGGUACACAUAAGGGAAUAAAAGGGUAGCGACAAGACCGGUCAGGUCGUGUGGUAAAGGCCCUGAUUAAAAAGCGUAAUAAAGUAGGAAACUCCGUUAAAACGUAUAUGUUUUCCGACUUCUGAGCUCUGAACGUGGGGAGGGUACUCAAAUCCUCACAAAAACUUGUCAGUGAGAUGUCACUUCAUUUUGUUGAGACAGUUUUCGGAUAUGCAUUCGUGCGCGUCGUAGCGCAUCCUUGUACCCAUGGGCUAAUGGCGCUGCGAGAUCAAUAACCCCGGGAGAAAGGGUGUGGGCUAACCUGCACAAAUGCUAUCCGAAAACAGCCGGGUAUAAACAGCUCCAGCUGUCAUUAUCAACCGUUUAAACAUCCACCCCCCCCCCCCAU